AUUUUGCCUAAUUUUCUAUUAAAAAUCUGAAUUUCAUUGUUAAUACAAGAAGACUUUUCCAGAUUAUGUGUAUGCAGAGCAGGAACAAGUGUAAUAUUAGUAUCUUGGUGCUGUAAUGCAAAAUUGUGAUAAGUUUUAAACCUUUGGAGGACUCAUUUUAUUAAUAUCGUUUGAUCCAACCCCGAUGACACAAUCAUUACAAUUUAAUCCAUUAAUUUCCUUGUUGUUGGCUUGUAUUAGGUUCAGGAGUCCAGUACCAUGCAUCACAUUGCCCAUAACCUCAAAAGAUUUGCUGCACUCAUGUUAGAAAUUUGCAGCACGACCUCUUGCAUGGAUAUCACCAAUUAUCAAAACUAUCUAUGUUGCAGAUCGAACCUGUAAUUGCUUAACCUUUGGUUUUCGUUUGAUGUCAUGAUAAUAAGGUGCUAAGUCUUCUUCCUUUAGGUUCUCUAAAAUUGCUAAAUGAUUUACCACCAUUGCAUUUUUUUAUACCGAGAAACAAUUUUCCAGUCUGAUGAAUGAGAUGCAUCACUACUUGCAUUAGUCACUGUAUUUAUCUUUUUAACAGGUGUAUACCAAUAUUGUCUACCCUACGGGAUAAUUGCUCUUGAUCUUCUUUUAAAAUUUUCACUAUUUCCACCACCUGUUUCAAUUCACCUACAACCCUCUGCAAUUCAUCUUUUAGUUUUACACAGCACAAGCAUGGUGAAUUAACAUUUUCCUUAAAAUUUUUCAUAUUUCUUACAGCGUACUUCAACUCAACGCUCCCAGCAGCAGCCAUUACAUUACAGAAUUUGUUGAGCAGCAAAUACAACUUACAUUUUAUGUGUCUUUCUGGUCAUUUUAUCUUCAUUGCUCUAAGACCACUAAACAUUGUAUAGGAAUGAAGGAAUUACAAGGCAUGAGUCCUACAUUCUUUCACUAAUUCUGUCAUGAAUGCAUUGUAUGUGAGGAUGUGUUCUUGUAUUUAUUGAAUUUGUGUAGGAGUUAUCUGAUAUCAGUCAACCCUAGAAACAGUUUACUGAAUUUUAAAGAAAGUUUAUAUGCUGGAAUGUGAUGAUGUCCAUGUCAGAAGUAAUAUUUGGACAUGUAAGUAGAGAGAUUUUGCAUCCCAGGUUCUUGAAUUGACCUUGCAUCUAUGGCAUUACUGAAUGCAAAGUUGAGGUAUAGCAGGACUUUGCAUGUACGUUUCAAAUGUGUUGUUUGUGUUAUAAAGCUGCUUCAUGUACAACUUUGUGCACCACAAUUAAAUAUUAGCCUUUUUCAUUUAGUGUCAGAACAUUUUUCUGGGUUUGUAGGAUGGUCCAUUUGUCUCGGUUGAAGAGGCUGUUGCCAUGUACAGCAGCACAUUUUAUUGGCUUCAUUAUAGAGGGUUUGAACCUAUUCUGUUCCCUCCUUUCUCAUCCCAGAUUGCCACCGAUCUCCUGCUCCUGUCACUGGAUAGUCUGAGGGAAGAGUACAGGUAUUCCUUUUAUUGACAUAGUUAUUGUCGUCAUCCCCCAUUUCUCAACUGGUGUUUCAACUUUUAUAUGAGCCAUAAAGUGAAACAAAAAGUUGUAUUGCACCGACUUCCCAUUAAGUGAAACCUGUUUUUUUAUGCCUCUGUGGGGAUAAGUUUUCCCUUUCUUUUCAGUAUUUCAGUUUGCCAAUUGUAACUACUACUGGCACCUAUAACAUUGUUGCUAUUUUAUGUUUUAUUAUAUUGAGAUUUAUAUUUGCAGUGUGAAGUCCAGGCAUAAUCAGAGCCAAGAAGAAGAACUGCUCCUGAUUGAAGAAGCCUGUGACCAUCCUCUGGAAACUUUGGUAGAAAUAAAGAGACAUUUGCUUACAAAGAGAACGUUCUUAGAGGUUGGUAUUGAGUUCAUGGACUUCUACAGUCAUUUGUUGCUGGUGUAUGAUGUUCAGCCACAGGAAAAGAUUACAGAUGCAUUUUUGGAUCAAUAUUUGUGGUGUGAAGCAGACAAGCGAAAAUUAUUCCCUCCAUGGUUGAAGCCCUUGGAUACGGAACCACUCCCACUGCUGGUGUACAGGUGGUGCCAAGGUAUCAAUAAUCUGCAAGAUGUCUGGGAUGUAAAGGGAGGUGAAUGCAGUGUGCUUCUUGAGUCCAAGUUUGAAAAGAUGUGUGAAAACAUUGACUUCACACUGCUGAACAGUUUGCUCAUGCUCAUUGUGGACCACAACAUUGCCAAUUAUAUGGCAGCCAGAAACGAAGUUGUUAUCAACUAUAAGGUACAGUAUCUGUGUGAUUAUAAGUUUACCUAUCUGCUGAUUUUGUCAGCAAGUUUGUUCAUUUUCACAGCUAAUGUAAAAGGUGCUACAAUUGUCAAUACACAUGUUCUUGAUAUCCUUCCUAGUUAUUUAGUGAACACUGAAAAUGACAAUAAAACCAAGAAAAUAAAAGUAAUUUCUGCUGUCUCUGAGUGCUAAAAUGGCUCAUAUACUGCUAUAAUACUACAACAUUAGAAAGGUGAGAACACUGGAUGGACUGGCACAGCAGCAGUGCUUGUGACUUGCAUUCAUGCGCAGGAGUUUUUAGUGGUUUUCUUUGGUCCCUCCAGACAUGUUAAGCUAGAACCUAAGUUGGGCCAUAGCUGCUGCUUCCUUCCAAUGCUUUCCACUUCUUUCAUCUGUCAACAUUCAUUUGACACUAUAGAUUAGCUACUGAAAGCAUCAUUAAAUAACCCACAACAAAUAUACUGCAUUUCCUUAUUUGUCAUUAUUAUUUACUUUAUUCAAUAGUUGUAGAGUUCAGUUUUUGAAAUUGGGAAUGUGAGGAG